AUGUUCAACCGGGACCAAGCAGCUCUGCUCUCCAUUCAACUAUAUGUUUUGUGUCAGGUCUUUGCAGAGAUUCUUUCAGAGACAGAUGAGUACAGGAAUAUGCCGGUGUCCAGGGGAGACCCCGUCAUCCUCACUUGCAACAUAACAAAGACAAAUACAACGCAAAUCACCUGGACCAAAGGCAGAUCUUAUUUUUCUCAUCAAGUCUUACUCAAUAAGACUGUUUCAAAUUUCACCUCUCACAAAAUAGACGUAAACUUACCUUCAAAGCUGAAUAUUUCUAAUGUUCAGCAUGACGAUGCAGGACUCUAUAGGUGUGAUAUAACUGACAAAAAAGGUACAUGGACUAUCAAGUGGAAUUUAACGGUGUCUGGGGAACGUGAAGAUACAAGCAAAGAAAUUUUUUUUCUGUACAUACUCACAGCUGUAACUGGAUUGCUACUAUGUGUCUUGACUUCAGCGGUCUGCCUCUACAGAAAACUCGGGGCCAGGACACCAAACCAGGAGCAGUUUGAUCUUCAGUCAGAAGAAGAGGUUGGUCUCCCUCAGCCGCAGGGUGUCACUGACAGUAGGGCAAAUUACAAGCCCAGGAGUCAGUACACGGAGAGACUCAACUCAAUCUACGGUCUCUGAGCUGACAAGGCAUCUAAAUGAAAGUUAAACAAGAGACAUGGACAAUCAGAGGGAGGACAAC